CUUCCUCCUUAUCUGUCUAAUAACUAUUCAAACAAGACCAACAAUCUUGAAAUCUGCUAAAAAUACAAGCACCUCAGUGUUGUCUUUGUGACACACAUUCUCUAUCACAUAUUCCAAAAAUGGCUUCUCUAUCCGUCUCUGUAAAGCACAGUCUUCCUUCUCUGCUUCAACAUGCUCAAGCACCAAAAUACCCCAUCUCAAACAACCUCACCAUUGUCUCCAAAUCAUCACAAUCCCAGUUUUAUGGUCUUAAAGUCAUUCAUUCACCUUCUUUUUCAACCCCAUCUUCUUCUUCUACUAGAACUUUCAUUCUUGCUAAGGUGAAUAAAGGUUCAGCGCCUCCACCAUUCACAUUGAAAGAUCAAGAUGGAAAAAAUGUGAGCCUCUCCAAGUUUAAAGGCAAGCCAGUUGUGGUUUAUUUCUAUCCUGCUGAUGAAACUCCUGGUUGCACCAAACAAGCCUUUGCAAAAAAGUAUAAACUACCAUUUACCUUGUUGUGUGAUGAAGGCAACAAAGUCAGGAAAGAGUGGGGAAUCCCAGGAGACCUUUUUGGUACAUUGCCUGGAAGACAGACUUAUGUGCUUGACAAGAAUGGAGUGGUUCAACUCAUAUAUAACAAUCAGUUCCAACCUGAAAAGCAUAUUGAUGAGACAUUGAAGUUACUUCAAAGUCUUUAAACAUUGAGGUUUUCCUUUCUACAUUCUUUUCCUGCCUCUAGCCAAUAAAUUUCUUGUACUUUUGGUGCCACUAAUGUGUGCCAAUUGUAUGUGAUCUGAUAGGCUGUACAACCACUUUUAUUUGAUACAUGUCAAAGGAGCUGUUAGUUUAGAGUCAUGCUACAAUUUAUGGUGUAGAAUUUUGAACUCGGGUCUCCCGUGAGAGACAAGUUUGUAUAUGGGCCUUUGCUCUGGCUGUAGUAAUGGAGAAUUUUCUUCAAUUGCUUUAA